AUGAAAUACACCUGCGGGGCGCAUCCAUUUAGGCAAUUGGCUGUCCAGAAGAAGAGAACCGACUACGUAGAAGAAGGCUACGACUAUGGCAACAACAUGCCGCUCUACGUCGACAGGUACGACGUUCACUACUCUUGGGUGAGGCCCAACUUUGAAGACGACAGCAUCUCCGUGCGGGCCGCCUCCAAGCGAAGCAGCGGGAGCGGGAGGAGCAGCCGAAGCUCGGGAGGACGACAACCGUCCUCGUACUCUAAGAUGCCGCCCCCUCCUGUACGGGCCAUGCCUCGGUUCACCCCGCCGCCGCCGCCGCCUCCACCAAUGCCUCACACAUACGUGCCACGGCAGCCGAGCCCCGUGAACUACAUGCCCAUGCCCAUGGCAAGUGGUGCCAAUGACGGCUUCUUCGACCUGAAUGCGUCGCAGGACCCAAUGCCUUCGGGGCCGACCCCGGCAUUCUUCGAUCUCGGACCACCGCCGCCUCCCAAUGCACCAGCAGCAGCACCCGCCUUCUUCAAUGUGGGCAACGGCGGAGGUGGGGAUCGAAAGUAUGAAGACUGGAGCGACUGA